AUGAUCAUCCUUCCUCAGGUAGCGGAUUUCGGACUGAGCAAGGUCUUCAAUGAGGCUUCUACCCACUUGUCAACCGCCACCGUGGGAACGGUCACGCACAUGUGUCCGGUUCUGUUACAGACAGGACAGAUGCGGCCCUCCUCCGAUGUGUUCAGCUUCGGCAUCAUACUCUGGCAGCUGUUGACCGGGGGAGCUCCCUUCGCCGGGAUGCGGUAUGCCGAGAUUGUGUACAAGGUACUUGUCAAGGGGGGGGGGGUAGCCGUGGCGGGUCUUCGCCCCGAGUUCCCUCCGUUUGUGCCUCGGCGGCUGGUGGCGGUGGCGGAGGCGUGCUGGGCGGCUAAUCCGAACAUGCGGCCUACCUUUGAACUGCUGGUGGGGCAGCUGGUGGAGCUGCUGGCCGCUGCGGAGGAGCUGCAGGCGGAGCAGGACGCGGCGAUGUUGGCGGCUCGAGAUGGCGGAGUGAGGUUGGAGGAGGUGGCGCUGGUGGCGUACAGCAGUGAAGACGUCGUGGUGGCGAACCAGUGGGCAGCCGCGGCGGCUGCAGCGCUGUUGGAGUGA